CAUUUGAGUCAAUGAAUCUGAAACAGGAUUCAUUGUCUCAAACCAAUUCAAAACUUUUCCCAGGAGAGAGAUCUUGAGGGACUAAACAUUUUUGCCUUUUGUGAUAUAUCCACUCUCUGCUUUGGCUAAUCCAUUCAAAUAAAAAAUAAUUGAAAAAUGACAAGCCAAAGAGGGAAUGGAGAGAAGAAGCAAGAGACGAUUGCAGUAGCCAUAGACAAGGACAAAGGGAGCCAAGCUGCAUUGAAAUGGGCUGUCGAUCAUCUCUUGGGCAGAGGCAAAAGUGUUACCCUUCUUCAUGUCAAACUCAAGAACUCUUUUCCACUGGGAGCUCGAAUGGGUUUCCCUGACAACGACAACGCCAAAGAACUCUUCCUCCCCUUCCGCUGCUUCUGCACCCGCAAAGAUAUUCAAGUGCAUGAAGUGAUUCUAGAAGAUUCAGACGUAGCAAAGGCCGUGUGUGAGUACGUCAAGAACAACUCCAUCGAGACGCUGGUCAUAGGUUCCUCACCCAAGAAUGGCUUCGUUAGAUUCAAGACUGUUGAUAUUCCAGGCAGCGUCAACAAAAUGGCGCCAGACUACUGCACCGUCUAUGUCAUCUCCAAAGGGAAGGUCGCAUCCUGCAGAUCUCCCUCCAUUCCCGCUCAAAGAGAGCGUUCGCUGCAUAACUCCGGUAGCCUGCACGACGCACGCUACGCGCAGCUCAACGGAGGAAGAAGUAGUCCAGCAGCGCCUUAUGCUAAGCCGUCAAUGGAGGAAACAGAUUCAAUCAGGUCGCCCUUCACCAGAGGCAAAGCUAACAAGUCGUAUGGAGAGCUUUCAAUGGGCGAGAGCGACAUAUCAUUUGUGGGGUCAGCCAGGCCAAGCAGCGAUCGCAUGAUGUCACCAUUCGAUCAGGAUGCCUUCAUGGCCGCUCGUCUUUCCAGCAGCUCCGACCCAGAGAGCCGGAUGAGUUUUGGAUCUCCAUUCUCCAAUGCUAGAUCAUCUGAUGCAACCAAUAGUUUUGGAGUCUACUCAUCCAGCUCCAGCUCCCAGGACAGCGGAAACUUUUCGUGGUCGGGUGGUUCCCAAAGCCUGGACGAUGUAGAAGCAGAGAUGAGAAGACUCAAGCAGGAGCUCAAACAGACAAUGGACAUGUACAGCACAGCAUGCAAGGAAGCACUCACAGCCAAACAGAAAGCACUAGAGCUUCAUCGCUGGAAAGUAGAAGAACAACAGAGACUUGAGGAGGCACGACAAGCUGAGGAAGCAGCAUUAGCAAUUGCAGAGAUGGAGAAAGAAAAAUGCAGGGCUGCUAUCGAGAAAGCAGAAGCAGCUCAGAGAAUAGCUGAACUCGAAGCACAAAAAAGAAUCAAUGCUGAAAUGAAGGCACUGAAAGAAGCAGAGGAGAAGAAGAAAGUGCUAGACAAGUUGGCACAAAGUGAUGUUAGAUAUCGCAAGUACACCAUUGAGGAGAUCGAAUCAGCCACAGAGUACUUUGCAGAAUCUCGUAAAAUUGGGGAAGGUGGAUAUGGGCCAGUUUACAAGAGCUGCCUAGAUCAUACACAAGUUGCAAUAAAGGUUCUUCGCCCGGAUGCAGCCCAGGGAAGAUCACAGUUUCAGCAAGAGGUUGAAGUUCUGAGUUGCAUUCGACAUCCUAACAUGGUUCUCCUCCUAGGAGCAUGUCCAGAGUACGGGUGCCUUGUCUACGAGUACAUGGCUAAUGGAAGCUUAGAUGAUCGCCUAUUUAGGCGAGGAAACACCCCAGUGCUCCCUUGGCAACUCAGAUUUCGUAUAGCUGCAGAAAUAGCUACUGGGCUCCUUUUCCUCCAUCAGGCAAAGCCAGAACCACUUGUACACAGAGAUCUGAAACCAGGCAACAUUUUGCUUGACCGCAACUUUGUGAGCAAGAUCAGUGAUGUUGGAUUGGCCAGGCUUGUUCCUCCUUCAGUAGCUGAUUCAGUUACACAGUAUAGAAUGACAUCAGCAGCUGGAACAUUCUGCUACAUCGACCCCGAAUACCAACAGACUGGAAUGCUUGGCAUAAAAUCAGACAUAUACUCACUUGGGGUUAUGCUGCUUCAAAUUGUAACAGCCAAAUCCCCAAUGGGAUUGGCUCAUCACGUCGAGAAGUCUAUUGAGAGGGGGACCUUCGCUGAGAUGCUUGACCCAGAAGUUCAUGACUGGCCUAUCGAAGAGGCCAUAUCUUUCGCCAAGUUAGCACUUAAGUGCACGGAAUUGAGAAGGAAAGACAGACCUGAUCUUGGAACUGUGGUGUUACCCGAACUCAACAGAUUGAGAAUGCUUGCUGAAGAAUCCAUGCCCAGCUAUCACUAAUUGCAAACCCAAAUGCUUGAUGACCAAAUCACAACAAUUCUCAUUCUCUUGAUGAACCUUUUUCAGGUAAUCGAAACUCAUAAGCUAUACUCUGAUCAUGACGGCACAAAAGGCCAUUCAGUGGCUGGAUGCAUCCAAGACAGAAAUCUAAAGUGAGCCACCUAACACAUUUUUGUUGGCUUUUUAAAAUAGCCAUCUUUUUUGCAUCUAACUCUGGUUCAGAUUUGUGUGUAUAUGAUUUUACAAGUCUAAGAAUGAACAUCAAUUCUAUUCCUGCAGCCUUGCAGCUUAUAUGUUAGUUGUUCGGUCAAAAAACCAUACUCUUGUAAUAUAUUUGUAAUAGAAAACUUCAAUGCAAGUAUAGAAUCAUUCUUGCGACAUGACCAAGUUUUGGUAUUA